ACAGGGGAUUUGGCUUCUGUGCAAUUAACAGGAACUCCAAAUAGAUGGGAGGUCUUAUCUGCAACUCCUGCCACUAUAAAGGAUGAAGCUGGUAAUAUAGUACAGAUUCCAGGUGCUACCACAGUAACUUCAAGUGGGCAGUAUGUCCUUCCUAUUCAGAGUUUGCAAAAUCAACAAAUCUUUUCUGUUGCACCAGGAUCAGAUUCGUCAAAUGGUACAGUGUCUAACGUACAAUACCAAGUAAUACCCCAGAUCCAGACAGCGGAUGGUCAGCAGGUUCAACUUGGCUUUGCAGCCUCUUCUGAUAAUAGCAGUAUAAAUCAAGAAACUGGUCAAAUUCAGAUCAUUCCUGGCUCUAAUCAAACCAUCAUUGCCUCUGGAACACCUUCCGCUAAUAUUCAGAAUAUCUUAUCCCAGUCUGGUCAAGUCCAGGUUCAGGGAGUUGCAAUUGGUGGUUCGUCUUUUCCUGGCCAAGCACAAGUAGUUGCUAAUGUCCCGCUUGGACUACCAGGAAAUAUUACUUUUGUACCCAUUAAUAGUGUUGAUCUAGAUUCUCUGGGACUUGGCAGUGGUUCUCAAACCAUGACAGCAGGCAUUAAUGCAGAUGGGCACUUGAUAAAUACUGGACAGGCAAUGGAUAGUUCAGAUACUUCUGAAAGGACUGGUGAGCAAGUUUCUCCUGAAAUUACAGAAACCACCGCUGAUAAUGACUUAUUUGUGCCAACAUCAUCUUCAUCACAAUUGCCUGUUACCAUAGACAGUUCAAGUAUAUUGGAACAAAAUGCAAACAACUUGACCACAACUAGUGGUCAAGUUCACAGUUCUGAUCUUCAGGGAAAUUACAUCCAGACAUCAGUCUCUGACGACACGCAGGCUCAGAACAUUCAGGUCUCCACAGCACAGCCAAUUGUACAACACAUACAGCUUCAAGAGUCUCAGCAGCCAACCAGUCAAGCCCAGAUUGUACAAGGUAUUACGCAGCAGACAAUCCACGGUGUACAAGCAAAUCAAAGUAUAUCUCAACAGGCUCUUCAGAAUCUUCAACUGCAGCUGAAUCCUGGAACUUUUUUAAUUCAGGCACAAACAGUGACCCCUUCUGGGCAGAUAACCUGGCAGACAUUUCAAGUGCAAGGAGUUCAGAACUUGCAGAACUUGCAAAUUCAGAAUGCACCUGGUCAACAAAUAACUCUAACCCCUGUGCAGACUCUCACUCUUGGUCAAGUUGCAGCAGGUGGGGCAUUGACAUCAACUCCAGUUAGUCUAAGCACUGCUCAGUUGCCAAAUCUGCAGACAGUUACAGUAAACUCUAUAGAUUCUACUGGUAUUCAGCUGCAUCAAGGAGAAAAUGCUGGCAGUCCUGCAG